UUGGUUUCAGACUAUAGGCCUAGGCAUACACUGAAUUCGGACGUCUAGUUACUGGGGUGCCUUCGUUUUUAUUCGAAAUUGGAUUAUUAGACUCCUUUAAAAUGGGGCAUCUUUAUGUACUUGGUGCACUCCUUGUAUUAUGGCAGACUUCAAAUGCUGCAACACUUGAAGAAAAAUUUGAGCCAAUGGUGGCGUUCAUCUGUGAGCGCCCAGCCAUGCACAGGGGAGUCAACGGAUGGAUCUCUGACAAAUCAACCGAUUGCUUGGACAGAAUGGAAGACAUUUUGGCUUACUGUAAAAAUAUUUACCCAGACCACAACAUCACAAAUGUUGUUGAAGCAUCUUACCUGGUGACCAUCCCUGACUGGCCAAUGGGCACAUCUGACAGACAACAUCCUCACCGUGUCCGUCCAUUCAGAUGCUUGGUUGGAGGGUUCCAGUCUGAUGCAUUGCUUGUACCCCAGCACUGUGAAUUUGAUCAUCGCCAUGACCAGACUCUCUGCGAAGGGUUCUCACACUGGAACAGUGUAGCUGAUGAUGCCUGCAAGAAGAAGGCCAUGCACCUGGAAAGUUUUGGGAUGCUUUUAAACUGCAAGCUGGGAAAGUUCAGCGGAGUGGAAUAUGUGUGCUGCCCCGCUGAGACUGAUCCCAACUACCACGCCCCACAGAAGGAUGACAAGCCAGACAACUGGGAGAACUCCCACGAUGAUGUGGAUGACAACGAAGAGGCCAACGCCAGCAAGUCUAACAACGAGGCUGUCUCUACCAGCCCCAGCAGCAGUAGUGAAGAGCAGAAAGAUGAAAACAGCAUCGACCUGUAUGAGGCCUACCUGCGAGGACAAGACUUCCCUGCUAAAUACAACAACGAACACAAGAAGUUCCUGGCUGCCAAAGAUCGCAUGAAGAAGAACCAGCAGCACAAAAUCACCAAGCUCCUCCAAGAGUGGCAAGCAGCCAGAGACCACGUCAACGAGGUCAGGAAAACUGAUCCUAAAUCUGCUGAUGUCAUGGCUAAAGAAAUCACAACAAGGUUCCAGAACCUGUACGCAGCUUAUGAACAGGAGGAUGACUCAGAGAAACAGCAGCUGGUAGCCCUCCACCAACAGCACGUACAGGCCGCCCUGAACGAGAAGAAGAGAGAGGCCAUGGAUAAAUACAUGAGUGCUUUGGAGAAGGGAGAUAAUGCUGUGCCCGUACAGGUUGAGAGGAUCAUCCGCUACCUGCGCGGCUACAUCAAGGCGGAGGAGAAGGACAGGAUGCACACUGUCAACCACUUCGAGCACGUCAAGUACUCCAACCCCCAGGAGGCCGCCCGCAUCCACCCCCUCAUCAUCAACCACCUGAGGCUGUCCGAGCAGAGGAUCGACCAGGCCCUGCAGCUUCUCACACGUUACCCUGAUGUUGAGGUCAAGGUCAAGCCAGAGAUUGAUGAGUUCAUGAAGAGGUUUGAGUCCAUUGCCAACAGCAUCAGAGAUGUGGUUCUCCCUGAGAUCAAGGUGGAUGAUGACAGUGACUCAAGUGAGAGUGAUGAAGUGACUGAGGCCCCUAAAGCAGCAGAGCCAGUCAACACCAACAACGACAUCAACAUCGAUGAGAGCAAUGACUUUGAUGUCAACAACCAGGACAUUGACACACAAGGGGAUGACGUCCAUGAGAAUGAGCAUGACUUUGAGAAGAAACCUUUCGUUGCCCACCGUAUGGAGGACACCCAUAGGGUUCAACAGGGCCUGGCCGAGUCAGCAGCAACAAGCAGCCAGGUUGGCAGCACUAUAGGCAUCGCCUUGGGCAGCGUCAGUGUGUUCGUCAUCAUCGUGGUGGCCAUCAUCAUGCUGAAGCGCAACAAGACGAGGCAGUCAGUCACACACGGUUAUGUGGAGGUGGACCCAUCAGCCUCCCCUGAGGAAAGACAUCUAGCCAACAUGCAGAUGAAUGGAUAUGAGAAUCCUACAUACAAAUACUUUGAGGUACAGAACAAUCCCAAAGCUUGAGGAUCGUCACCCUCUGUCAUCAUCCAUACAUGAUGUUUAGCUCUGUUACAACUUGUGUGCAUCAUUGUUGGACAAUUUUGAGACAUUUUCUCAGCUAAAGUCUCACCCAUUCAACCAGGAAAACUAAUAGUGAUAGAACACAAUUUACUUACAACUUUUGGAUGCUAAAACAUUUUUUAAAAAAAAUAAAUUUCAAAACUGGAUAUUAAUUUUACAGUACAAAAAUUUCUAUUCAUUAAGAUUUAAUUCAGAAAAUAAUGUACAAACAAUACUGUCAACAUCACUUCUUCAAUAGAAGACUCAUCUGAACAUUAAUUUCAUCAAUUUCUUGGAAGCACAUACGUGUCAUCGUACCAUACUCACCAUUCGUCAUCAUCAGCAACGUGAAAUCAUCUUCCCCCUCAACAUGUUUUUACUCGUGGUCUUUAUUUUUGUUUCCCAUUUUAUUCUAACUUGGAACAGUGUGAUAUGGAGGUUAAAGCCGGACAGUGAUACUCUUGCCCAUUUGUCAUGGAAUUUAUUAGAAGGAUAAAUAACAGCUGGAUGCAGCAUUUUAAACUGCAUGAUUUAAAAAACUAAAUUUCAGUUUUUAAAAUAUAUCAGAAAAAAUUCCAAAUUCUAUUAAAUUUUUUUUGAAAAGUUUCAAAUUUAAUAUUUUUUUCAGGUUGCAAGGAAAAACCAUCCUGUCCUAUAUAUUUUUCAGCUCUGAAUAUACAUGCUUCAAUUGCUUAUCUACUUUGUGUAAAUUCCAUAAUAAAUGCUUUGUUUGUUUACUAAAGAAAAUAAUUGUUCUGUGACUAUAUAGCUUAAUUAUGUAUAUAGCUGGUUCAUACCUACACAUUUCAUUCCAACUCAAAAUUUCGGACUAAAUAUGUUUAUUCUUCAAAAACUUAUUUUGAAAUUUUAAUUUAAAAUAGACUUAAAGAGUUAUAAAUUCAGUCUCAAAUGACCAGUUGUUUCUCAACGAAAUAAACUUAGAAAACUAGCUAAGUCAUAGAAAGAAAAUCAAUUGAGUUUGUUACAGUGGAGUCUUUGAGUUGUGUCAAGAAAUGUGCCUCCAUCACUAAUUGAAUAUCACCAACCUUCACCCACAUCUCAGUGUUAUUUUUGCUGUUUUAGGUGUUUUACUCAUCAUUUGGUCCCCAGCGGUAGAGUUUUUUUCAGUGGUUUCAUGUGAGCAAAUCGAAGAAUUUGAUGUUUUUUUUUUUUUGUCUAGGUGUAUUUUGUAGAUCACUUUUUUUGUGUCGUAGCAAGAGCAUUGUUACCUCUAUACCUAUGUAAUGUAUGUAUAUGCUAUCAUUUUUACAAGAACAUAUUCACGCAGUGGUAUGGCAUUAGAGAUGGUGGGUUACUUUCUAUUUUGUCUUUCUUUAUAAUUUUUUUUUCUUCUAUAGACCAAGUUGUACAAAUUUUUGUUUUCAAUUCUACAUGUCAUAAGCACAAUUUCUGCUAUUAACAGUUAAAAGAUCAUUGAAUUUAAAAUAUUUUUAACACAAAUUUCUAAACUUUUUUUAGAUAAUUUUAAUCUACAAGCUAAUUAACUGUUAAAUAUGUAUAGCUUUAGUUGUUAAGAGUUUGAAAACCAUUUUUUCCUUCUACUUUCAAUGUAAUUGUUAUACUUGUGUUAAGCUUGUUUAUACAUUAAUUAAUUAAUUAGAUCACCUUUUAACUCCAGACCACCUAAUUUAUGUAAAUAUUAAUAAUUUAACUCAUACUUUUCAAGCUUCUUUGACUAAUUUUUUUUUUUUUUUUUAAAUUUUUUCAAGUACAAUAGAUUAAAAUAAAUAACUUUUUAGCUUAAUAACAAAGAUAAUUUAUAAAUUGGACAGGUAUUUCCUUCAACACCUGUAUUGUUCAGCCUGGUCAAAGUGUUAAGUGAAGAUCACAUAAUGUAACCAUCUACAACAACCAUACUCUUGUGUUCUUUAACUGUCUGGCCAUUGGUUGUUUUUUUUUCUUGUAACUGGGUGAUUGGGAGCCAGCAGAACAUUCCAGUUCCAGGAGAGUUUCAUUACAAAGCUGCUGUUGAACUUUACCCUACAAAAAUAUUCAAACUAUAAUCCUUGAUUAACAUUAUUGGAAAUAAAAACUUUUAAAAAUUGGUAAUGUUAAUUCUGUAUAAGCCAACCAGAUACUAGUGAAAAGUGCUGUGAGAAAAAAAAUGGUUGUGUUGAUAAAACAAAUGCAUUCCAAUAUAUAAUAAUAAAAAUUGUUGUUUCUAGUGCAAUAGAUGAAUUGUUAGAUAUUUAACUAUCUAGUUUUGUGGGCUUAAAAGCCUAAUUCAAGGUGGUUGAAUUUAUGCUCCCCUCUUUGUUAAUGAGAUAAAGGGAAGUAAUGCAUCAUCAUCUUGAAGUACAAAAUUUUGUAAGAGUUAUCUGGAUUGGCUUCUACUGAAUUAUCAUGUAUUUAUUAAAUAUGGACUUUGUUUUGGCCUACAAACUUGAAGAAUUUUUUACAUUAAAGUAAGCACAUGCAUUCCCCAGCGCACUGCGGCUGUGAAUGGGUGUGAUAUAUUAUUUUAUUUUUUCUCCUCCUUGUUCCCCUAAUUUUUGUAUGUGUACCAGUCAUUGUAAGCAAAUAUUACAGUUAACUCUAUAUUUAUUAUAACAACUGUCAUCAUUUUAUCUAGAUCUGGAAAUGGCCAUGUAAAUUUUGUUUUUUUAUUACCUGAGAUGUAGAAGCAGAUACAGAUUCAAUGUUUCCCCACAGGAUAUUUUUUUUCAUUUUACUCUAGUUUGUGUUCAAGAUAGGUCAUUAAUUUGCUUGAUGUUUUUAUUAAACAGUCGCAGAUUAACAAAUAACUGAUGGGCUUUAAUGGAAUGAGGUUUUUUUUU